AUUUUUUAUUUUAUUUGUACCAACUAUUGUUAAUGUUUAAAUACGUCAUAAUUGACAUAGUUCAACUAUAAUAGUGUUUGUUAGUGCACUAAGAUCUUAUUAAUAGUGUCGGUAUUUCAGACCUGUAACUAAAAAGUUUAAUUGUUUACCGACCAGUGUUACCGUGAUCUCAUCGAUGACUGCUAGAUGGCUGUUUUACUUUAAUUUCGUUGUAUUUACGAAAGUGCAGUGUUUAUUGUUUGCGUCAAGGUAUUUACGUUAAGAAGAAUAAUGGCAGUUCCAUCAGUUUCUCUGUCAACCAGAAAUAAAAAGCAUUUCUUAGGAGUACCGGCUCCUUUGGGAUAUGUUGCUGGUGUUGGAAGAGGAGCUACUGGAUUCACAACCAGAUCUGAUAUUGGUCCAGCUCGAGACGCGAAUGAUGUAUCAGAUGAUCGGCAUGCUCCACCUACAAAACGGACAAAAAAGAAAGAAGAAGAAGAAGAGGACGAAGAAGACUUAAACGAUUCUAAUUAUGACGAAUUCUCUGGAUAUGGAGGCUCACUGUUUAGCAAGGAUCCGUAUGAUAAAGAUGACGAAGAAGCUGAUGCUAUUUACGAGGCUAUUGAUAAGCGUAUGGACGAAAAACGUAAAGAGUACAGGGAAAAGAGACUUAGGGAAGAACUAGAAAGGUAUCGUCAAGAACGUCCUAAAAUUCAGCAGCAGUUUUCAGAUUUGAAGAGAGAAUUAGUAAACGUAACCGAGGAAGAAUGGAAAAAUGUUCCAGAAGUGGGCGACGCUAGAAACCGGAAACAACGAAAUCCGCGAGCCGAAAAAUUCACUCCAUUACCAGAUUCUGUGCUUGCUAGAAAUUUAGGGGGUGAAACAUCGACCAGUAUUGACCCUUCCAGUGGUUUGGCAUCCAUGAUGCCUGGUGUGACAACACCUGGAAUGCUGACUCCCACAGGAGAUCUAGAUUUAAGGAAAAUCGGACAAGCUAGGAACACUUUAAUGAACGUUAAACUGAAUCAGGUUUCCGAUUCUGUAGAGGGGCAAACUGUUGUUGACCCAAAGGGCUAUCUUACCGAUUUGCAAAGUAUGAUUCCAACCUACGGCGGCGAUAUCAACGACAUCAAGAAAGCCAGGUUGUUGCUGAAAUCCGUGAGAGAAACGAAUCCCAAUCAUCCACCAGCGUGGAUUGCAUCAGCCCGUCUAGAAGAAGUUACUGGAAAGGUGCAAGCUGCUCGAAAUUUGAUAAUGAAGGGCUGUGAAGUGAAUCCUACAUCGGAAGAUCUCUGGCUAGAAGCAGCUAGACUCCAACCACCGGACACAGCUAAAGCAGUGAUAGCUCAAUCUGUGCGGCAUAUCCCAACUUCUGUUAGAAUAUGGAUAAAAGCAGCCGAUCUAGAAACAGAAACAAAAGCGAAGAGAAGAGUGUAUCGCAAAGCGCUGGAACAUAUUCCAAAUUCUGUCAGACUCUGGAAAGCGGCGGUGGAAUUGGAAGAGCCAGAGGAUGCUCGCAUUUUGCUCAGCCGCGCAGUCGAGUGCUGUCCAACCAGUGUAGACUUGUGGCUCGCCUUGGCGAGAUUAGAAACUUACGACAAUGCGAGGAAGGUCCUGAAUAAAGCCAGAGAGAACAUUCCAACUGACAGGCAAAUCUGGACCACCGCUGCGAAACUGGAGGAGGCUAACGGAAAUAAACACAUGGUGGAAAAGAUCAUAGAUCGUGCAAUAUCCUCGUUAAGCGCGAACGGAGUUGAAAUUAAUAGAGAACACUGGUUCAAGGAAGCCAUGGAGGCUGAAAAGGCUGGCGCCGUGCAUACGUGCCAAGUUAUUGUUAAAGCAAUUAUUGGUUUUGGAGUGGAGGAGGAGGAUAGAAAACAUACGUGGAUGGAAGAUGCGGAAACGUGUGCUCAACAAGGGGCACUGGAAUGCGCCAGGGCUGUUUAUGCUUACGCAUUGUCAACGUUCCCCAGUAAGAAGUCAAUCUGGCUGCGUGCAGCUUACUUUGAGAAGACGUAUGGCACGCGAGAGUCCCUGGAGUCUUUGUUACAAAGAGCGGUUGCUCACUGUCCUAAGAGCGAAGUACUUUGGCUGAUGGGUGCCAAAUCUAAGUGGUUAGCCGGCGAUGUUCCAGCAGCUAGAGGUAUUCUGUCUCUCGCGUUCCAAGCGAAUCCGAACUCAGAAGAGAUUUGGUUGGCAGCUGUGAAGUUAGAAUCUGAAAACUCGGAGUACGAGAGAGCCCGUCGAUUAUUAGCGAAGGCGAGAGCAUCUGCUCCAACUCCCAGAGUAAUGAUGAAGAGUGCCAAGUUAGAAUGGGCUUUAAACAAUCUCGACGCUGCCUUGCUACUCCUAAGGGAGGCUUUGGAAGCAUUCGAUGACUUCCCUAAGCUAUGGCUGAUGAAAGGUCAAAUCGAAGAGCAGCAGGGGAACUUGGAUAAAGCCUUGGACACCUACAAUCAGGCGAUAAAGAAAUGCCCAAAUUCGAUUCCACUGUGGCGCUUGCUGGCACAGUUGGAGCAUAGGAAAGGUCAAGUCACCAAGGCUCGCUCAGUUUUGGAGAAGGCGCGCUUGAAAAAUCCAAAGAACGCGGAGCUUUGGUUGGAAGCGAUCAGAAACGAACUGAAAAGCGGCGGCGUAAGGGAUAUGGCGAAUACGUUAAUGGCGAAAGCUUUGCAAGAGUGUCCCACGUCAGGAUUGCUUUGGGCGGAGGCGAUAUUCAUGGAGCCGCGGCCACAGAGGAAAACUAAAAGCGUCGAUGCACUGAAGAAAUGCGAACACGAUCCUCACGUACUUCUAGCAGUAUCCAAGUUGUUUUGGUGUGAACAUAAAAUUUCCAAAUGUAGAGACUGGUUUAAUAGGACGGUGAAGAUAGACCCAGAUUUAGGAGAUGCAUGGGCAUAUUUCUAUAAAUUCGAACUUUUAAAUGGUACAGAGGAACAACAAGAAGACGUAAAGAAACGUUGUAUCACUGCGGAACCUCAUCACGGUGAAAAUUGGUGUAAAGUAUCGAAGAAUAUAGCGAAUUGGUGUUUGAGCAUAGAUCAAAUUCUGAUACUAGUCGCAAGAGAUUUACCAAUUCCGAUAUAAUAAUCUGUAAACUAUAUUUAAAUUUAUACUGUAUAUAUUUCCUUGAAGACUUACGUGUAAUAAUAAAAUAAGUGACCUUUAAGUAUGUUAAUAUUAAAUUUUGUUAAUCAAUCCGAUCCAUCUUAUGUAAAUUAACGAAAAUAAAGAAAUACAGGUGUGUGUUUGUAUGUGCUUGCAUGUGCAUA